AUGCAACCUCAUACUCAGCACCUACGCGCCUCCUUAGGGCGUCCUAGUCAUCUAGGUCGCCAUGCGAAAAGCGCAGGAGCAUCAUCGGCGGUGGCAACGAGGUCCCACAUAGUAGCCUCCGCAGAAAGGCCUCGCGAGCCCACGCCUGAAGUCUCGUUUGUUGUGACAGACACCUUCGUACACGAGGACUUUUCCGUACUCAGCAGACAUUUGCGCUCUCGUGAAGAAACGCCAAACGAGAUUACCGCAGUUGUGCGUUCUCCUGAGUUAAGUCUGACGUUCACAGGUUUGUCAUCGGGAGACAUCUUAUACUUUCAGCACGACGUAUUCGGCCCUCCACCAACAGCUGCAGCUGCUGAGAGGCUUCGUGGACACAGUGGGGCAGUGCAGUGCUUGCACUUUGCUUUGAACACUCAGCCAGAGGCCUUUCCCGGACUCUCCGCCGCUGGAACUGCUGCGGAGGACCGUGAUGUGGGGGGUCAGUGGCUGUUGAGUGGCUCAGCAGAUCGCACAAUUCGGAUUUGGAGUAUCUCUGGUAAACACGUGGAAUGCAUCCGGACUAUUGGAGGUCACGGCGGAACAAUCGUCUCCUUGGCCCUGUGCAUGCCGUAUUUGAUAUCCUCUUCCACUGACGGCUCGCUUUCUUUCUUCGUUGUCGACGUUUCUUCGAGAAAGGAACCAACUUUCUCCUUGGUGCAGAAGCUACAAAGCGGAUCUGCCCACACAUCCACGGUCAAGGGUAUGGCGGUGUUGGCGUAUUCUUGGUUCGAAAGUGUGACAGCAAAAUGGGCAGGAGACAAAGUCCGCGUUUGUGCUUCGUCUACGGACGGCUGGCUGUUUUUACUAGAGGGUGGUGGCUCUGGUGCGGUCCAAGAGUUCGCUGAGUUUAAUGCAAAAGGAACACGACCUCCUCGGUGGUGUCGCGAAGUCUUCACUAUUUAUCGCAAGAUGCAGGUGCACAGCUUAUGCACCAGAAUAGUGUAUGCACUUCCUUUAGAAUCGGUUGUAGUCACUGCUGGAAGCGAUACAGGCAUUGCUGUCGUCGACCCAUACCUGGGGGAAGUUUGGUGGAAGCAGGCAAAUCCACAAGGUGUAUCGUUUUCGGCCUUGGCAUGGGACGCGAAGCAAAGCCUCCUCCUUGCUGGGGACGAUUCAGGCACCUUAAGUUACUUCAACAUAUACUCAAAGGAAAUAGUUGCAUCACAGCAAAUAAGCGACCACAAGAUUCUCCACAUAUCCGUCGAUAUGGGUAAGGUAUUCUGA